AUGGACUCGCGGCAACGAUAUCGUGAGGAGCAAUUGCAAAGAACGGAAUCCGAAGCCUCGGAAUUGCGUCGAAACCUCAGCGAACUGAGGACCAAGUUUUUCCAGCUCGAGCGAGCUUUCGAAAUCAACCUGCAGUCACAAGCUCGCCUGGAACAUCAGUUUAAUCGUACGAAGCUUGAAAGUGAAGAGCUUCGAAAGCUUAACGCCGAUGCUGUACGAGCGAGAACGAAAUUAAACUCGAUAUUAACCAAUGCGAUAACUGAAAGAGAUCAUUGGAAAAACGCUUUCCUGCGACAAAAAGAACUUGUUAAAAGAGACAAAAUCGAAUGCGAGAAUACAGUGGCGCUAGUUAAACGAGAAUGCGAGGAUAUUUUGGAGAUGAGCCGAGAAACUGCGGAAAAACAAUUUCACGAGGUAGUCGAACUUUACAAUGAAGCUAAAGAAAAGGUGACCCGAUUAGAGAAACGUGUAGAAAUGUACGAGGGUUUUGGAAGGGAGCAGGAAAACCGAGGUUUUGAGCUGGCGAAUCUACUUGAAACUUUAAAACGUUUCGACGUGGAUGUCGGCUCUGUCUGUCAACUUACAGCGGAAGCUUUGAAGAACUUGACCGAACGGGGAAACUUAUUCGAAGAAAGCAUGAAGAAUCUCAGGCAUCUAGCUUGGAUCGUGAAAGACAGAAAGGAUGAACCGCAACUGGUUUUAUUAAGGGAACAGAAUUCCGUUUUGAGGCAGGUAGUAAAGAAUCUUAAAAGGAAGUUUCAGAUGCUCAGCCAAACGCACAACGAUAUCCCGGAGAAAGAAAAUGAGGAACGACACGAACCCCUUGAAAGCGAAAUAAAUUCCCGGAAUCAUAAUGGAAACUUAUCAAACGCGCCAGUGUUGAAGGAAAACACGAUGGAAAAUUCGAUAAACUCGUCAAUUCACGAAAAUCAUAACUCUUGCAACGCGAUGAAACACAACGAACGCGGCGAAACUGUAACGCGCGAAAUAACUGACGCGUAUAAGAACGAUAAUCGAAAUAAGCAAUUCGAUAUCGAACGUACGAUAAUCGAUAAGCGGAGCAGGCUAUUGUGCAUCGAAUCCCAUUCGAAUGGCGUGGUAUACGAAGAGUACGUGUUUAAAUUGUCAAUCGAUCGAGAGAUGAAAAUUAAAUAUCCAGUUUCGUUAAAUAACAGCAAAGAAGUGGUUAGAUUAGAGUUCGUGGAUAACGAAACCGACUAUUCGGUAACAUCGAUGGAUAGAAUGUUGAUACUGUUAAAAAAUAUACACGCAAUUGUGAUCGUCAAACAAACCGGUAUAUCGUGCAGCACGCAAACUAAGAAAACGAAAACUUCCAACAACUUCACACAAACGGCAAUUACUGGAGUAAAUUCAUUUUCUCGUUUAAACAGUGGCGCGACGGUGAGUAAAGAAAUUUCUACCUUCUCUACUUUGAACUCAUUUCAUAUGUAA